AGUUACCAAGCCUCCAUUCUUCAUGUCUUGCGUUGGGAGCAUUUGGACAAACCCUUGCCUCCUCUCCACAAGCUGCAGCAGCAGCAGCAGCAGCAGCAGCAGCAGUUCCAGCAGCAGCAGCUGCAGCCACAGCUGCAGCAACUACAGCCGCAGCUGCAGCAACUGCAGCCACAGCUGCAGCAACUGCAGCCACAGCAGCAGCUGCAGCACCUGCAGCCGCAGCAGCAGCUGCAGCAACUGCAGCCGCAGCUGCAGCAACUGCAGCCGCAGCUGCAGCAACUGCAGCCGCAGCUGCAGCAACUGCAGCCGCAGCUGCAGCAGCUGCAACCACAGCAACAACUGCAGCAGCCACAGCAGCAGCAGUUCCAGCAGCAGUUGCUGCAGCAGCAGCAGCAGCAGCUGCAGCAGGGCUUUCCUACGGCGAGGCUCUCAGAGGGCCUGCACAGCCCGCAGCAGCAGCAGCCGCAGCAGUAG